GCAGACUGAGACGGUUUUGCUUCUGAUGGUGAUUUGAUAAAGAAGCAGUUUAAGGUCACCUGUGCUCGAUUCUAUUAUCAUGAUUUGGAGAGAGAGGUGAUCUCUCAGAUGAGACGACAGUUCAUUGGUUCAGCUUGAAUGAACUGUCAUUUCUCAUUGGCUGAGCUUUCAUUCUGUGGGAUUCUCCUCCGGUGGGAUCGGCUCGAAGACCCUCGGCUGUCUCUGCUGAUUGUGCGGUUAAGUGACAGAGCACACAGCGCUAACCAGACUCAUGAAAACCCCAAUAACUCACCCUACAAUAUCCCAGCUCGCUGAACCGCUCACACACAGAGAGAGAGAGAGAGAGAAUAUUUCUGAAGACUUCAGAUGAGCUGAACAUAACCCACUGCAUUAACACAGAAAUCCUCAUUUGUGCUUUGGCAUUCCGUUCAACCUGUUUAAGUAUUUUAUGCUUUAUUUGAUGAUGAAAAAGAAAUAAAAGAAAUAAAAUGGGAGAUGUGAGGAAAUGUGUUUCUGUGUACGUCCUCAGCUCAACAAACGGCUGUAAAAACACUUUCUGCAGCGCUCGAACGUCACAUUGUGUAAAUGAUUGUGGUCAGAUGUGUGAAGAGGGACAGAGGCUGAGCUCAGUGCAGUUGACUUUCAGCGGCUCGCUGAAGGAUGUUUUCCGUUAGAUUUCAGCUCAUUUAAUUCACACGUUCAUUCACCUGCUGUAAGUUCAUCUCUCGGAGUCCCAGCGCUUCUGUUUUCAUUGUUCAACAGCAGAACGUCCUCUAAAUCCAGCCACAAAGUUGCUUUAAAGCUAUUAAAGGAGCAUCUGUUUAUUCACAAAGUCAUUUUAGAACUUGUUUCAAAAACAUUUGUUAUUUUUCUACGAUUUCAUUGUCAGUUUAACACACAAGUCACAGAAAUCAUUUAAUCAAUUGUAAAGUAUCGUGUGCAGUGAAGACCUGGCAGCAAUCGAGGAAAUAUUCUUUUGAGGGUUCAAGUUUCAAACUAAUCAAAUAUUUAUCAAUAGUUUGUUUUUUACUUGUUCCUUAGCCAAAAUCAAUUAUUGUAACACGCUGAAACUCCUGCUCAACAUGUUCUCUGGAUCAGAUGCUUUACUGAUGUGAGGUAUAUGUCUUCCUUUUUUUGUUUUAAAGAAAAAACCUUUAUAGAGUAAAGGGUAUAAACAAUUCUUGUGGUGGUUAUUAAAUAAGAUUAUUCAUCUGGGAUCUGAUGCUACUGUGACUUUAAGAAGACUGCUCUCUCUCUCUCUCUCUCUCUCUCUCUCUCUCUCUCGCUCUCCCUCUCAGAUCCCCGCCUGCAUUUACGAGGCAGCGCGGGGUGCCAGCAGAGAUAAAGAGCGAUCGCAGCCCUCACGAUCCCUGCCAGCACGUGGAUGAAGAGGAGACAUGUAGAGACGCAGUGAUGGAGAUGAUGAUGAUGCUCUCCAGUGAACACAUCUGCACAGCCAGAGAACCGACGAGACAACCGCAUCUGGAUCCCUAACAUGUGAACGUGUUGCUUUUCUCUCUAAAAGUUGGACCUACAGAAGAAAAAGUUGAAGAUUUACCGGGCGGUUGAGAGAGCAGAUAAUCCUCAGCAGACGCUGCGCUUCAGAACACACGUGGACUCUAUUUUCAGGUUUGUCCUUUCAGGGCAGCCAUUCGCCCGUAGGACAGGACUGAGACCGGUGGAACGGUCUGUAAUUUGAGGGUUUCAAAUGAAGGAGUGAUUGGCUGCGGGCACGUUUAGCGUUCACUCCGGAGACCGUUUCAAAUGCUCACACACCCGGUCAUGGAGCCGAGCGUGGAUGGUGACGCCCGUCUGUGUGUUCCGGGUCAGACUGCACACGCUCAGAGCUCCUCCACCUCUCCAACAAACCGCGAGCUCAAACGAGGACACGCCGUGGGUUUUAAGAAAGUGUGUCGGAUAGAAGAGGAUAGUUUGUGCCCGUUUCCCGGACUGCCGGCAGGCGUGCUGGAAAUGAAGGUGAAAGAGGGCAGCAAAAUUCGGAACCUCAUGGGUUUCGCUAUGGCACGCAUGCAGGACGACGGCGGUCGGGCGGGACUGAGACAUGUCGUGUUCACCGGGUCGGGCAGGGCCGUCACCAAAACCAUCACGUGCGCUGAGAUCAUGAAGAGGAAGAUCUGCGGUCUUCAUCAGAUGACCAAACUGCAAUACAAGAGCUUACGGGAGGUGUGGGAGAGUCAGGAAGACGGCGACUCUGAGAUGACCGUCCACCGAACUCUUCCGUCCAUCAGUAUCCUGCUCUCCAAAGAUCCGCUCGACCCUCUGGAACCGGGUUAUCAACCUCCAGAGAAUGUCUGGGAGCAGAGGAACGGAGGCGAGGUUUCACGCGUGCCGGAGAACAGAUCGACAGACUCCUCUGACUCUCUGAUGGAGCCGCAGGCUAAAAGAUGCUGCCUCUGAGGAUUAUGGGUAAUGACAACCAAUAAAAUCGAUCAGAGAACUGGCCCACAUUUCCACUUUCAACAUAACAGAGGGGCAUAAAUCAAGAUUCGUUUAGAUUUUACAAGCUUUGAUUCAGUAUCCUGCAGAUGGUUAAAUGUCUAACAAAUAAAACUUGAUAUAAAUCAGUUCACACAUGUGUUACGUAAGGGAUAAUGUACAGGCAGCCGGUUGUUAUCACAGAAAUAAGCCCCGACAGUGUGAUCGCGAAGCGGAGGGUCUUGUAUCACACUGAAGGGGCGUAUUUUCUGCUUGUACAUUAUCCCACUUAUUACACGGCCACUUGCCACAUGAGAGAAAAACUGGACAUGAAAUGUGAAUUAGAAAUAUGUAUUUGCUCAUUUUUACCGAAUGCAGACCUCCCGUGAGGAAAAGCCGUUUACUUUUGGUUUUAAGGUAAGAAACGACGUUCAGAUGUCACGAACAUUCAAUUUGGUUCAAUCAUUUGUAAAUAUAAUGUCAUAUAUGUUAUUAAAAGACAUAUUUAUAUUUAAUUUGUCAAAAAACCUGUCAAAAUGAUUUGCUGCAUCCAGGUAACCGCGUGUUAUUAGGUUUGAGAGGUUGUUAUGUAAGGGAUAAUCCACAGCUAGCGAAGAACCACCCGACGCGAAGCGGAGUGCAUUAAAAUCCUUUAAUGCACGGCUAGCCGUGGAUUAUCCCGUUUAUACCAUGAUUAUUUGCCAAGUUAAAGCUUUUAUUGAUGUUUACAGUGUCAUUUUACCUCAAAAUGAGGAUUAUUUUGUCAGUUAAUUUUAAAUGUAAUCAAACUGACUGGAGCUACCCGUGCGUUAAAGACUUUUAAUGCACACCUUCCAGCCAAUCAGAAUCCAGUAUUCAAACACACCAUGGUAUAACUGGGAAUAACGAACCUGCAAAUGUCGCGACUGGCCAAUCAGAAUCAAGCAUUCCAACGAGCCGUGUAAUAUUUAUAAUUAAAGUCAAGGCCACAGAUCGGUGUUAUUUUCUGUCCUGUCACAUUAGAGUUGAUCUGUGAGAAUAACACUUCAGGUUUGUUGCACUGUGACUUUCUUUACAUAACAAUAACGCAUCUUUUCUCCCAAUUGUUCAUUAGUGUAAUGUGUUAAAUUAAAUAAUAAUGAUUAUAUUUGUCACUAAAAAUAAUCGUAAGUACAGGCCUACUGUAGAAAAGGGCUUCAUUUUGUGAAAUAUAAUUACUCAGCGUUGUUGGUUGUAAGAUUCCUUUAUUCAUGCUGUAAAAAACAUUGAUGUGUAUAUUUCUUUUCUUUUGCAACUUUGUGUGAAUAAAUCAUUCUCUCUCUGUCAUUGUAAGGCAGAAAUCACACUUUUACUGUUUACUGUGGUGGGUUUAAGGACAACAGGUCGUGUGAUGAAUGAUGAUGUGAUACGGCGAAUUUCAUUUCACUCACACUGAUAAACUGAACCACAAUCUGUGUGUCACUCCUGUUACUUUAUCAUAGAAUGUCACCCAGAAAAUGUGUUUUGAUUAAAUGCCAACUGCCUGAGGUUUAUCAUAAAUAUAUCUGCUUCUGGAAACAUGCACUUUUAUUAAUGGCUGCUAAAUGUUUUUACAGCUUGCAAAAAACAAUUUCCAUUUCAAACGGUUAAAACAAUGUUUGUCAGGCAUUUUCAUGAUCUCUGGAGCUCAUUUAAAUGUGUUGCACAUCCAGGGAUGGAUUACUGACCAGGCCAAUGGGGCCAGUGAGCCCGAGGGGGCGAGAGUGCCCUGAGCUUCAAGGUUGCGCCAUCCAGUUUGGAUACACAACAACAAUGAAAACAAAUGUUUAUCUAAAUUUAAUAUAUGGGUCCCGUAGCCUAUACAAGGCCUCUGUGGAUACCCUGUAAAAAAAUGAAAUGAUCAACAAAUCAUGGCAACGUGUGUUUUUAUGUUACUUUAACUUAUUAACUAAAUUACAGCACAUUUAAAUGGCAUUUUCUGAAUCUUUGCUUGAUGAUUUGAUGUUUACAGACAUGUGUCACGGGGGCAUUUUAUGGUGAGAAAUCAUUUUUUAUUUAUGUGAUGCAUUAAAUACGUGUAUAUUUGACAGUUAAUUAAAGACGUGUGUUUCA